UAUAAAAGCCUCCCGUGUUGCAAACCCUAACUUCCACUAUCUGCACCACUACUGCCUCAACCCUUCUUCUCGGCGCUCCACAUCCAGAACUGCAAAAAUGCCGUUCAAGAGGUACGUUGAGAUAGGAAGAAUCGCCCUUGUCAACUACGGAAAGGAUUAUGGAAGGCUCGUUGUUAUCGUUGAUGUCAUUGAUCAAAACAGGGCUCUUGUGGAUGCACCUGACAUGGUUAGGGGUCAAAUGAACUUCAAGAGACUAACUCUCACAGACAUCAAAAUUGACAUCAACAGAGUCCCAAAGAAGAAAACUCUUAUUGCUGCUUUAGAGGCAGCUGAUGUUAAGAACAAGUGGGAGAGCAGUUCUUGGGGAAGAAAACUUAUUGUCCAGAAGAAGAGAGCCUCACUUAAUGAUUUUGACAGGUUUAAGAUCAUGUUGGCAAAGAUAAAGAAAGCUGGAGUUGUAAGGCAAGAGCUAGCAAAGCUUAAGAAGGAAACCACAGCCUAAUUAUCUUGAUUUUUGUUUCUAAUUAUCAAAGAUUUUGUUGAACGUAUGAGGAAGCCAUUGUUGGUUGCUUAGAAAGCUUUGUGGUUUUUUUUUUUACCUUUUUCUCUCAAUGUAUUUUAUUAAAAGAAACCUUAUUGCAAGAUUUUAGUAUUUGUUUUCGUUGGAAGUACCAAAUCUCUGGAACUAUUUUAGGUGGGUAAAAUUUUAAAAAUAU